CGACAGCCGAAGAGGGGCCGGGGCCGGCCGCCGGGUUCGCGGGGAGAGGGCGCCGGGACUCCCCUCUCCCCGCCGGGACGCCGCCGCCAGCGCCGUGGGAUGUAGAGCCGGCGCGCAGCCUCGCGGACGCCAUCGGACCUCGGCCCGCGGCCCCGUGUCUUCCCCGGUGACCUCGCCUGCCUCGGGACAUGCUCGGGCACAACCGCAACGGGCAGCCCCACGCGCCCCGGCGGAAACGCCGCAACCGCUUCGUCAAGAAGAACGGCCAAUGCAACGUCUACUUCGCCAACCUGAGCAACAAGUCGCAGCGCUACAUGGCGGACAUCUUCACCACCUGCGUGGACACGCGCUGGCGCUACAUGCUCAUGAUCUUCUCCGCGGCCUUCCUCGUCUCCUGGCUCUUCUUCGGCCUCCUCUUCUGGUGCAUCGCCUUCUUCCACGGCGACCUGGAGGCCGGCCCCGUGGUGGCCCCGGCGGGCGGCGGCGGCGGGGCGGCGCCGGCGACCCCCAAGCCGUGCAUCAUGCACGUGAACGGCUUCCUGGGCGCCUUCCUGUUCUCGGUGGAGACGCAGACGACCAUCGGCUACGGCUUCCGGUGCGUGACGGAGGAGUGCCCGCUGGCGGUCAUCGCCGUGGUGGUCCAGUCCAUCGUGGGCUGCGUCAUCGACUCCUUCAUGAUCGGCACCAUCAUGGCCAAGAUGGCCCGGCCCAAGAAGCGGGCGCAGACGCUGCUGUUCAGCCACCACGCGGUCAUCUCGGUGCGCGACGGCAAGCUGUGCCUCAUGUGGCGCGUGGGCAACCUGCGCAAGAGCCACAUCGUGGAGGCCCACGUGCGGGCCCAGCUCAUUAAGCCCUACAUGACCCAGGAGGGCGAGUACCUGCCGCUGGACCAGCGCGACCUCAACGUGGGCUACGACGUCGGCCUGGACCGCAUCUUCCUGGUGUCGCCCAUCAUCAUCGUGCACGAGAUCGACGAGGACAGCCCGCUGUACGGCAUGGGCAAGGAGGAGCUGGAGUCCGAGGACUUCGAGAUCGUGGUCAUCCUGGAGGGCAUGGUGGAGGCCACCGCCAUGACCACCCAGGCCCGCAGCUCCUACCUGGCCAGCGAGAUCCUGUGGGGCCACCGCUUCGAGCCCGUGGUCUUCGAGGAGAAGAGCCACUACAAGGUGGACUACUCGCGCUUCCACAAGACCUACGAGGUGGCGGGCACGCCCUGCUGCUCCGCCCGGGAGCUGCAGGAGAGCAAGAUCACCGUGCUGCCCGCCCCGCCGCCCCCGCCCAGUGCCUUCUGCUACGAGAACGAGCUGGCCCUCAUGAGCCAGGAGGAGGAGGAGAUGGAGGAGGAGGCGGCGGCGGCGGCCGCGGCGGUGGCGGCGGGCCUGGGCCUGGAGGCGGGCUGCAAGGAGGAGGCGGGCAUCAUCCGGAUGCUGGAGUUCGGCAGCCACCUGGACCUGGAGCGCAUGCAGGCCACCCUCCCGCUGGACAGCAUCUCCUACCGCAGGGAGUCGGCCAUCUGACCUCCGGCCCGCCCGCGCCGCCUCCACAAGAGCCUCUGCUGGGGGGUGAGGUGCCAGGACCCCCCUCCGCACUCAGGACAGAGCUGACCCUGGCUCCGUGGACCUUCACAGCUGGGGGACCCCUUCCUACUGACUCUGGAACCCAAGCUGGGAAGGGCCCCGGGAACCCUGUGCCCUGUCGCUCGCGUUCCCCAGCGCCUGCCAGCUGGCGGUUCCGGGGCCCCGGACUCACCAUCCUUUCCCCACCGGCCCUUCAAGGACGUGCUCCCUUUGUUCUCAGAACCUUGGGGACGCGGCUGGACUUCUGGAGGGUGGGCAUCCUGGGGUCUGGGGUGGGCAGGGGGGAGUUUUGGGGGAGGGAGGGAUGGGUGCGUUUCUUUUGCAUGACUGUGACCUGUUGCUCAUGACUUUCUUUUGUAAAUACCUAUAAAUGGAGAGAGAUGGAGGCACCAAA